AUGUUCAAUAAGUAUGACAUUAAAGCUCACCUCAAUAUAUCUGAUAAAGUACAAGAAGCAAGGCUUCUGCUUUCAAGUUCAAGUAAACCAGAGACAGUUUGGAAAAGGCAACAGAGCAAUGUUGUCAAAAAUACCAAAGAAGAGCUUGGUGAAAUGGCUACUAAAGCUAUUUUAAAAAAUUUG